AUGGCCAGCACAACAUUUACUCUCAAUACAGGUACCAAGAUACCUGCCAUUGGCUUUGGCACUUGGCAGGACAAGGAGGCUCAGGAACCCGCUGUCAUCACAGCACUCAAGGCCGGCUACCGUCACAUCGACACGGCGCGCAUCUACGGCACAGAGCCCGCCGUCGGCAAUGCCAUCAAGCACUCCGGCGUGCCCCGCGACCAGAUAUUCCUCACGACGAAGCUCUGGAACAACAGCCACCACCCAGAAGAUGUCGAAAAGGCACUCGACGCCUCGUUGAAGGAUCUCGGCACCGACUAUGUAGAUCUAUACUUAAUGCACUGGCCGUCGCCCUUUGCUCGCGGUGACGCCAUGUUUCCCAAGGAGAAUGACAAGGUCAAGACUGGCGACUCCGACUUUGUCGACACAUACAAAGCAAUGGAGAAGCUUGUCAAGUCAGGCAAGACGAAGGCCAUCGGUGUCUCAAAUUUUAGCAAAGCAGAGCUUGAGCGCCUACUGAAGGAGACGUCUAUCGUCCCUGCAGCUCAUCAGAUUGAGCUUCACCCAUAUCUCCAACAGCAGUCUUUCACCGCGUUCCACAAAGAGAAAGGCAUCCAUGUUACCCAUUACUCGCCGUUUGGCAACCAGAACGAAAUCUAUGACGCUGGCAAGAACAUGGGCAAAUUAAUGGAUGACCCGGUCAUUGUCGAGAUUGGCAAGAAGCACGGCAAAACUGGUGCACAGGUCGCGUUGGCUUGGGGUAUUGCACAGGGGCACUCUGUUAUCCCCAAGUCUAAGACUGAAUCUCGUAUCAAGGCCAAUCUUGAGGGUGACUUCAAGCUUCCUGAAGAGGAUGUCAAGAAAAUGGCUAGCAUUGAUAAGAAACUUCGCUUCAACGAUCCUUCGGCGAACUUUGGGUGGGACUUCUACACGGAUCUGGAUGGAAAGAAGGGAGCUAAGCUCUGA